AAGAUUGAAAAAAAAUUGGCGGUUUGCAUGUACUCUUUCCUCGUCCCAUGUGAAAUGAUUACAAAUGCCACCUCAAACAAGGAGUUUUUUUUCUAACUUAAGUUCUUAUAGGUUGUUUUUUGCUCUGCCGUUUAUUUCCGUCAAUGGUAGUUUAUACCCAAGCGUGUUAGCCUACCAGUUAGCUGACGUUGAACUUUGCAGCUAGCGGGCUCGCUUGGGCGAGGACAUCGGUGGACGCAUUUCCCGGUCCCUAUUCCUUCUCAGAGUUAUGGCGAACUCGAUGUUAAUGCUGAAAGAGAAUGGACAGUACUUGUGGUUUGCCCUUCUUGGGCUGGGGUUUCAACCGGACGUCGCAGCCUCAUCAAUUAAAAACUCAAAACAUCUCAACUUGGGGCCGAAUAUGUUUGAAAAACCAAACAAAGACGCCUUCUUCAUAGUUACCCAUUUCUUGUUGGAAAAACUCAACCCUUCUCGAGUCCAUGAAGCAUACAGGCACUGCUGGCCAGUUUUGAACCACAAAGCAGAUGCUGAGUUCCGUAAGGUUACCUGUGCUUGGCUACGAGAAAUAAUGGAUGAAACGGCAAAUGCAGGAUCCAAAGUAGUGGCCUCCUUGUUUCUGUCUCCGGGAGGCCCAAAGUUCCUGAGCUUAAUGGUCCAUUUAGCAAGCCAUGUCCUCCUGCAGGAAAUGAAGACAUUCACUACAGAUGGCAGCUGGGUUCCUGAAGUAGCAGCUGUGCCAGCCUCCACCUUGGACAUUGCAUUAAAACGAUUGAAUCUGAUCCGUAAAAGGUUUUUAAAAACGGCAGUUGAUCAGGACCGUUUUCUCCAUAGUUACCAGAAAAAAGCCCAGCUUCUGGUGAAGUCCAUAAGGGAUGACAAAGCAGAGGGGGCAAAAUAUGAUGAACUUCUUAAGAGUUUUAAAUCUGAGUCUGCACAGGAUGAAGCUUCUUUAGCCGAGAAGUCAAAAAAGGUGCGCUCCCUGUGGUCAGACAUCACAGAAAUGAUGUGCACAAUCAAAAAGGAACAGAACGCAGUGGAAAGUGUCUUAAAGGGGGAUGUGGAUCGAUACAUCUUGGAUGGGGAGGAUCGUGUCCUCAAAAUUCCUCGCUGUCUGUUGGAGAGAGUUGAACAACUCCCACAUCAGAUAACUUCAGGGAAUAUGUAUGAAGCUGGCCAGCUGAACCUCCAUUUUAUGAUGGAGCUGAUGAAUCAGGCGUUGCAGCUGCUGAAGGAGCAAUAUCGCGAGAUCACGCCUGCCUCCAAACCGCAUUUCUGUCCUCAACUACUGAAGGAGAAGAGCCAGCAGAUGGUCCGUGUGCUGCAGGACCUCCGUCUCAUCAGGGAGAAGAUUUCUAAAGAGGAAAUUCCAAUAGUCAGGAGUGCCAUUAGAGAGUUGGAGACAGACUGGGACAGAAGGUGGAUGAAUAUUGUGAAAGAUGCGUCCUCUCUCUCUCUCCUCAAUGAGGAUCCUGUUCUGGGUUUCCUCUCACCAAUGGCCCCUCUGUCCUUUGAACCAGCAACAGAAACUACAUACAGAAGUAGCAUCUUCUCUCAGUAUCCUGCAAAACUUCCAGAUGAGAAGCCUUUGGAGGGUGAAUUUAAGAAGGUUGCCAGCACCAACAAUUCUUACAUCAAAAGUCCUUGCCCCACAACCGUUAAAACGAGGGAAAGUCCUGUUCCCACUGAAGCAUCACGGGCCAACACUUCUCUGGACUGGCUUUUUGACACGCCUUCAUCUCCUCCUCAAAAGGCUCCACAGCCACCACCACCUGAAGUUGGGGCAUCAUUUCAGGCCAGCAUGAGGGAAACUACUAAAUCUAAUGAGGCUCCCAAGAAGACCAAGACUCAGAUUUUAGACUUGGAAUAUGAAAAUCUUGCUGAUCAGUUUGCAGAUGCUGUAACCACAGCAACUCCUUCAGAUGAAAGGGUUAAAAGUUUGGACUUGGAGUGCCUUCUCAACACUCUUCAGAGAGAUCCCUUCUCCACGAGAAAACAGCUGCCCCGCACGCCAGAGAGUUUGAUUAUAGAUGUGAAAAGCUCCUGGAGAAAGGCAGUUGAAGAAGAUGAAGCCAGUAAACUGUGUCAGACUUCAAACCUGAACAGCAGCUUAACUGAGCUGCUCAGUCAGCCUCAUACUGCUGCUAUAAGCACUGAUGCUCCCUCUCAGACUGCCUCCUCUGACCCCAUCAUAAGCCAGCACAGCCCCUCUGCCUGUCAGCGGGGGGUCUUACUUAAAUCCACUCUCUCAUGGGACACUUUCAACAUGGAGGCCAUCGACAGCCCGAGUGGCACCGGCAGCAGUGCUGUUCAGUUCAGCCUCGAUCAUGAAACCCUCCCUGAAAUGGCAAGUUGUGAUAGUAUGAACUUUGAGGAUGAAGCUGUGGAUUUGAGGAGUGAAGAGGAUGAAGAGCUACUCUUGCCCUCUCUACAGACCAAGUCAAAGCAAUCGGCAUUAAUCACAAAUCUGGGUCGGGUCCACCAAGUUAACAAUGACACUUCAAGGGAAACUGAAUGCCUUAUGGCAGACUACAGGCUGCCUGGCUUGGACAGGGAUUUACUAAUGGAACCUGUAGAAUCGGUGGGAAAAGCAGACAAGAUUUUUUCACUGGACUUGGAUUCACUGGAGACACCUUCGACCCCUAAAACGCAGGAAUACAGCCUCCCCAAACUAAUCACAUUCUCACCUGUAGAUGACAGGAAGUUUUAGAGCUCCUCAUUGGGGCUUUCUUAUUUUUCCUGUUAUUUCCUAAACUGUAGAUAAAUUUCAAGACAUGGCGUGUGUGUAUAUAGCUGUAAAUUAAACUAUUUGAUGAGCAAAACUUUUUAUAAUGUUGAGGUGUCAACUGUUCCAAUAAACAGAUUAAUAAAGAUUGCUAUUGGUUGGUCUUUGUUUAUAGAUCCAUUUGGGGGAAGAAAAAAAACACUUAAUAUAUUAAUGUA